AUGGGAGACUUGUCGUUGGUGCUCAUUUUGAUCUUCAAUCUCUCGCUAAAAGGGUUGAUUUGGGACGAGAGUCUUGAAUCAGUUGAAAGGGUAGAGGAAGAAGUAGUUGUGCAGGGAGAAGAAUUUUUCUACUAUUUAUUGUUUUUGUGCGAGAUUCUUUUGUGUAAAUGGAGUGAUGUAGGGGGCGACGGGGAACGGGGGCGCGGGGGAAUUUGGGCGCGGGGGCGGGGGAAUUCCCCGUUUGCUCAUUCCUACCAGAACCCCAGGCCUGUUCACCACCGCAUCCCCAACUUCGUCGGCGCCUCCGCUGCUGCCGAUAAAUUGGGCGGGUUGGAAGCGUUCCGUGUCGGGAACUGUGUGAAAGUGAACCCGGAUUCUCCUCAGAAGCAAGUCAGGUUUCUCACACUCUCUGAUGGGAAGAAGCUGUUAACUCCUCAACCCCGUUUACGGACUGGGUUUUUCUCUGUGCUUGAAUCUGAAAUGAUGACUCCUAGUACUUUGAAAGAGGCUUGCACCUCUGUUGGGGUGGCCAAACACGGGCGGCCUAUUGGAUUAGAUGAGAAAAUCAAGGUUGAUCUUAUUGUCAUUGGCUCCGUUGCUGUUGAUCCCAGGACAGGUGCUCGACUUGGCAAGGGUGAGGGAUUUGCAGAGCUUGAAUAUGGGAUGCUGCGAUACAUGGGAGCCAUUGAUGAUUCAACACCAGUUGUCACUACUGUGCAUGACAGUCAAUUAGUAGAUGAUAUUCCAAUUGAGAAGCUGUUAGUCCAUGAUGUACCAGUUGACAUCAUAUGCACUCCAACCCAGGUCAUAUUUACCAACACAUCAAUUCCAAAGCCUCAAGGGAUUUACUGGGACAAAUUGUCUCCGGAGAAGCUGGGGCAAAUUAAAAUACUCAGAGAGCUGAAGAGAAGGAUUGAACAAGAGACUGGACAAAAAUUGCCAUGCGGUCCAUCAGAGAAACUGCCUCCCACAGCGCGAAGAGGAGCUAACUUGGUAGGUGGUAAAAGGAUAUAAAA